UGUACACCACAAACGUGUCCCAUUCUUCAACGUACCCACAACACGUUUCGUCGCAAGUCCAAGGGCCCAGCCAUACCGAUAACCGAACAAGACCGGCGCCAAACCGCACGACCAUUUCCCAUCUACUCGACCAAGCACAAUCCGAACAAAAUGAGGGAAAUCGUUCACUUGCAAGCUGGCCAAUGCGGCAACCAAAUCGGAGCUAAGUUUUGGCAAGUGAUAUCCGAAGAACAUGGCAUCGAUUACACUGGAUUUUACAAAGGCACGUCCGAUCUCCAACUCGAACGUAUUAACGUCUACUACAACGAAGGGUCCGCUGUCAAUCGUUCUGAGGGUGGCAAAUAUGUUCCUCGUGCUGUUUUACUCGACUUGGAACCUGGUACCAUGGAGUCUAUCAGGUCUGGACCAUACGGUGUGUUGUUUAGACCAGACAACUUCGUGUUUGGUCAGUCUGGGGCUGGAAACAAUUGGGCUAAAGGACAUUACACUGAAGGCGCUGAACUUGUUGAUGCGGUUUUGGACGUUGUCAGAAAGGAAAGUGAAAACUGCGACUGCUUACAAGGAUUCCAAUUGGCUCAUUCUUUGGGUGGAGGUACUGGAUCCGGUUUAGGUACAUUAUUGAUUUCGAAAAUUCGCGAGGAAUAUCCUGAUCGAAUUAUGAACACUUACUCGGUUAUGCCAUCGCCAAAGGUAUCCGAUACCGUCGUAGAACCUUACAACGCCACUUUGUCAGUUCACCAGUUAGUUGAAAACACUGAUGAAUCUUACUUGAUUGACAAUGAAGCCCUUUAUGAUAUUUGUUUCCGCACCCUCAAGCUGACCAACCCAACAUAUGGCGAUUUAAACCACUUGGUAUCACUUACCAUGUCUGGCGUGACUACUUGCCUUCGGUUUCCCGGUCAACUGAAUGCUGAUCUUCGGAAAUUAGCAGUGAAUAUGGUCCCGUUCCCGAGAUUGCACUUCUUCAUGCCCGGAUUUGCUCCACUAACAGCGCGUGGUAGUCAAUCAUACAGAGCAAUGAGUGUACCCGAACUCACACAACAAAUGUUUGAUGCUAAAAAUAUGAUGGUAGCUUGUGACCCAAGACAUGGUCGUUAUCUUACCGUAGCAGCUAUUUUCAGAGGUCGAAUGUCAAUGAAAGAAGUAGACGAACAAAUGUUGAACGUACAGAAUAAGAACUCCAGUUAUUUUGUUGAUUGGAUCCCAAACAACGUGAAAACAGCUGUUUGUGAUAUUCCACCUUGUGGACUUAAAAUGAGUUCCACAUUUAUUGGAAACACGACGGCCAUACAAGAGCUAUUUAAGCGUAUAUCAGAACAAUUUUCCGCUAUGUUUAGAAGAAAAGCUUUCUUGCAUUGGUAUACUGGAGAAGGAAUGGAUGAAAUGGAAUUCACUGAAGCUGAAUCUAAUAUGAAUGAUUUAAUAUCAGAAUACCAACAAUACCAGGAAGCAUCUGUAGAUGAAGAAUACAUAGAAGAAGAAGAAUCUGAAGAGCAAGCAAUGUGUGACUAAUUACAUUUUAAUAAGUAAUGAAUUCGCUUACAACUCAAUAUACUACAAUAUGUAUGACAUUAUUGUAAGGCUUUUGUUUCACAUUUUUCAUUUGAUUUAAUUAUCAGUUCGAUCUUUAAUUUGCUUUUUUCUUUUUUAUUGAUUAAAUUUUACCGUAAAAUUGGCGAAUACAAACUGAGUGGUGAAUAAAAAUUAACAUUAGGAAACUGUCUUUUUUGUUUUACUCAUCAACUUGAUUUAUGAGGUUCUUUUAACGCUAAGCGUUUUGUGUGAGCACACCCAUCACACAUCAGGGAAUAGUUUCUAUUCUCCUGUAAACUUCUAUUCACACACUUUUAUGAUAUAACAAUUUAUUAAUGAACUAUUUUAUAUUGUUAAGAUUUUAUAUAUAAGUUAUUUUAUUAUAAUACAUUUUUCGUGUAAAAAUUAUAAAAGUUAUUCCAAUUAUAUUUAAUUAUUAAAAAUGUCGAUUAUGAUGUA